UUCCCCAAGCAAUCACACAACACUAUUACUAUGAAACGUUGAGGUGCUAUUUGGGAGCCCUAACUCUGCUGUGUCUCCGUCGACCCUCUCUCCUACCGUCCGCCACCGCCGUAUCGCCGUCUAGGCAUCCAGACGCUAUAUUCGUCGCUCCUGAUUUUCAAAGCACCGUCGUAGCUCUCCAACGUACUUCUCGCUAUCAGAGAACAUGAGCACUCAGACAAGCCAACCUGAAAAGCUGUCUUCAUCGGUUGCCACUGUUGCUUCAUGUCGAAAGAAGAAGAGUGAAGAAGCCACUUUCUUGGAGGAUGUAAAGGAUCACAUUGACGAGUUUAUUAAUGCUUCUAUGGAUGAACACAAAACCUGCUUUAAGAAGACAAUUCAGAAGAUGUUUGGUUUGUCCAAGGCAGUUGCAGAAAAGAACUCCAAUGCUGUGAAAGAAGUUGAAAGUUCUCUGCCUCUUCAGACAACCGUACAAGAUUAAAUUUCUUGUUUCUGAAUCACUAUACGUGUCAAUUCAACUGAGUCGUGCGGUAGAUAUUUAGCUAUAUUGGACUUUCUAAAUAAGGUUCAAUAAAACUUUCGAAAUGCAGCCAUAAUCUUUUCAUAGCAA